AUGAAGCACACGUCGGACUACUGGAUGCACGUGUCCCUCAUCCUGCAACAGUUCGACGGACUCGUCGCGGGCUAUCAAGCGAGCCUCCUCCCUCACAGGAACCUAUCCUCCUUCGACUUGUACCUUCUCAAUUCUGCCGGAGACAUUGAGGAUCUGGCCAACCUUUACCCUCAGCCGGGCAUGCGCCGAUCGUUCAAGCCCGAGGCGCCCCUUGAGUUUACCGACUGCAGCGCUCUUAUCACGUUGCUGCCCAAGAGUGCGGACCUGUUCGCUGGGCACACCACUUGGACCGACUACUACAGCAUGAACCGAAUCUACAAGCACUAUUCGCUGCCCCUUACCGGAGCGGCCGCCGUGAAC